AUGAGUACUGAUUUGUUUACUUUUUUGAACUACAUGUCUGGAUGGACUGGAGAAUCCGACGAACAUGUCCAGACAUUGAUCGAUGAGCACAACCUCUUCGUGUCACUCGGAGAUUUCAAUUCUGACGCAGCUGUCGACACAGAGUUUAAUACCCUGGUAGGCAUCGCCACCGAGGUGCGCGACAAGACUAUUGCCGCGGAUGCGCUCCAGAUCAGUGCAGAUGCCGCCGCUGUGGGUGCUAUCUGGUCUUUCGGCAUUGGCAUGGCUGCAUUUGCUGUCCUUGAGACCACAGCUAUGAUCCUGAAAGGAGUGAUUUCUAGCAAGUCAAAGGACCUCAAUGAGAAGUUGAAGACCGUGGACACCGACAUUGCGAAGCUCAUUGAUCCUAAAGUCAAUCAGUAUAUCAGCGCUUAUAAGGCCAACAACACUAUCGUGGCAGCCAAACAGGCCAAAGGCAUGGAUGGACAGACAUGUCGCGCUAUCCUCUUGCAGUUCAUGGCACAGAUCGAGGUGGCCGGUGGCAAGCUUGAUGUCGCCACUUUUAAGCAGUAUGCAAACUCGGCACGAAGGCUCUUCGAUAGUGAGGAAAUCAAGGCCGUCUACGAUGCCCUAGAUGACUUGAACAUGAGUGUAAAGUCAGACGACGACCUUCAGAAAUUCGUCGAUUCUAUCAAAGGCUUCACGUUUAACCACAGCACGGAGCUCACCAUGGUCCGCUUGGGCUCCAUCUUCAUCGUGAACAACAGGAUGAAAGUCGCCACCAAGAGGCUAGCUGAGCACAAUGCGAUAGCAGAAUUUGUGGGUGCAGAGGCGAAAACAAGUGUGUUCAAGAUGAUGGAUUGCUGGGGCAAAUUCUUUGCUGUGAUUGCAGUGGUUACAUCCGUCGCUGAUGUCGUUCUGCAAAUCCUCGACAUCGUUAAUGUGGUGGAACAGACAAAGAAGAUGGUGGACGAAUUGAAUGGUACGAUGAAGACAAACUACAAGGCCUUUUUUAACGGUAUCAAGGAGGCAGCCAACCAUUACAACGAGGCAAUUAAGAAGAAGAAGACUGGCUAG